GUCAGUUUCACGCAUGCGCGAGUGUUGAACUGCAUUUGCAAAGCAGCAGUGGAGUGGACAACACACCAAAACGAAGAAAAUACCGGUGUUGGAAUUAUUUCUUGAAAAGAUGUUUUAACAGCCCACCUUCUCCUGGAAAUGUGACGGAGUGUAGCCCAUGUUGCAUUAGUGCCUGUGUGACAUGCUGGCUUGUUUGCCAGUAUCCAACCCCACAUUCCAGCUUCGUUCCCACUUGCAGAUGAACACUGGACUUCAGAAAUGGGACACCACGCAGAAGAUGAGAUCCGCACAUUAUCCAUCCCCAGCGGAAUUGGAUGCCUAUGCUAAGAAAGUUGCCAACAACCCGCUGACUAUCAAGAUCUUCCCCAACAGUGUCAAAGUACCUCAAAGGAAGCACAUCCGCCGCACGGUCAACGGCUUGGACACCUCCAGCCAGCGAUACAGCCCCUAUCCGUCUCAGGAGUCCUCCCGCUCAGGCCUCCUUGCCAUCGUCAAGGUACCCGUCAAGAGCAUUCUGAAGGGCCUGGACGCCAGCUGUGCCCGCUUCCUGCCCAAGUCGGUCAUGAACCCCCACAGCGGGCCCUACGGGGCCCAGAGCACUUUACCGCCCCAGCAGCAGACUAUGGCCCACCUGCAGGGCCUCCCCCAGCCCCCGCCCGGGGCACACAAGCAGGGCCUCCCCUCCCACCAGCUCCAGCUCCAGCAGCGACAGCAGCAGCAGCAGCAGGCGCAGCAACAGCAGGCGCAGCAGCGGCAGGCGCAGCAGCAACAGGCGCAGCAGCAGCCAGGCAUUGCACGCCUGCAGACCAUCCAGCAACACGGCCUUCCGCAUCCACCCAGUUUACGGCCUCAGCCUGGCCUUAUCCGUCAUCAGACUCUCCAACAACAACAACAACAGCAGCAGCAGCAGCAGCAGCCUGGCCUGAGCCACCCCCAGAGCUUACUGCAGCAGCAGCAGCAGCAGCAGCAGCAGACGGCCUCCCAGGGCCUUAGGCUGCUGGCAGAGAUGGCUCCCAGGGCCCCUAUGCUGCCCCCACACAGCAUCCAGGCUCAAGCCCAGGCCCAGGCUCAAGCUCAGGCUCAAGCUCAAGCCCAAGCCCAGGCCCAGGCCCAGGCCCAGGCCCUUCCCCUUCCCCAGGCGCUUCCCCAGGCCCCGACUCUGCCCCCUCAGGCCUCCACUCCAGCGGGAGCUGGUCCCCCUGCCCCGUCGGGCAUGCUGCUGGUCCCGGGCAUGCACGGUACCCCGCCGCGCAAGCUGCCCGACGGCGACGCCCCUCCCAACGUGACCGUGUCUACCUCAACCAUCCCGCUGUCCAUGGCGGCCAGCCUGCACCACAACCGGCCCAGCGACCUCAGCAGCAUCGUGCACCAGAUCAACCAGUUCUGCCAGGCCCGGGCCGGCGCCGGCGGCACCUCGGUCUGCGAGGGCCAGAUCGCCAACCCCAGCCCCAUCAGCCGCAACCUGCUCAUCAACGCCAGCUCCCGCGGCUGUGGCCCACACCCACACCCUCACCCCCACCCACACCCACACCCACACCCACACCCACACCCACACCCUCACCUCCAUCCCCACCCGCGGCUUAGCCUCGGACCCGGCCCUCAGCCUGCCCCCUCCUCCUGUGCCCUCAACCACGACGCCGCCGGUGCCAUGCCGCCCACCACUAUGGCUGCCAUGAGCCGGUUGCCCCUCUACCAGAACCCCCUCAAACACGCCCAGCCCCACUUACCUCAGCCACAGGGCCCCUGGAAGCAGCAGCAGCAGUCUCAGCCGCUCAGCCACAUGUCGCACAUGCCCGACGGCCCGCCGCCCUGCAAGAGCGUGGCCCGAGAGGACCCUGCCGGCUCCGGCUUCCCCACCAAGGGCCUGCCCUUCUCCCAGGAGGCCUGCAUGGGCCAGCAGCCCUUCAGCCUCAAGGCCCCGCUGGACAAACCCACCCCGUCGCCACCGGUGAACGGGAUGGUCGGUGGCCCGGGGAUGAACUACAGUAACGGGCACUACAUGCAGCAGCAGCAGCAGCAGCCCCCGUGGGGCAGCAUCUUGCCCACCCCGAACAGCGACAGCUCUGGCUCUCAGGACCUGGCCAUCAACUUCCACGGGGGUCUGCCUGGCGGUGGUGGCGGCGGCACAUCCGUCGACUGCGCACAGGGGCCCCACUACAGAACUGGACCUGGUGGGGGCGGCAGCGGCGCCGGUGUCAAUGGCCACCCGGGUAUGGUGCCGAACGUAGACUACUUGGCCGGCGAUUUCCCGUGCUUCAGGGAGCAAACCAACCUGGGCAUGAUGGGUAAGAUGCCCAGGCUCCCCGUCAUGGCAAAUGUUAGGGCCCCUGAUUCAGGUGAUAGUAGAAAUGUUCCCAUUCACCACCACCCAGGCUACAGAUGAGUCUGGAGUGAGCCAUCGCUAGUCAAUUAAUAACUUGCUUAUUGCCCACAAGGCUCACGAGCGGCGGUUUCCCAGGCAGGGAUUAAAACGUUUUAACAGUUGCAUUUGGAAUUUAAAACAAAAACACAUUCUUUAAUGAAUAUUAUUGUUAUUAUUAUUAUUAUUAUUAUUAUUCAUUUUUUGGUCUAGUGAGAACGCCAAUGCAUCCAUGGCCAAGGGUUAAUCCGUGUCUGAGAAACCAGCUCGAAGAGUUUCCUAGAUAAUGAAUAGUGCUCUUAUUGGAGUGUUGUUGUAUGUGAAGGUCAUUAACUCCCUAGCCUUUCCUGUUUCCCUGUGUUCAGGCUGAAUAAAGGGUUGUAACACUCAUAUAGAUUACUUUUCCGUUAGGUAAUGAAAAAAAGACGAUUCUGCCUGCCCAUAGCACCUGGCCCUAAAAUAAAUUGAGCUCAGUUUGUUGUCUGUAAACAAAGUGUUGCUCGGAUUGUAGUGUUUACAUGUAGGGAAUGUGUUGCCAUCUCAUGAACGCAUCGCAAUCCAUUAUCUCCUGACUCUCCUUCCACGUCUUCUUGGAGAACACAAUAGAUGUAGGACACUGUGAGGAAUAGGACAUUUCUAUACUCUAGAACAUUGACAUUUGUAUGUUGGCCCACAAGGUCUGUUGAGAUCUUUCUAGAGGUGCCAUGGCGAUGUGCACUCAAGCAACCAGGCUGAACAUAACCCGUGUUCUCCUUUUUGAUGUUUACUUAACGCUUGCUAUUAUUGUCACUAAAAGAGGAGGGACACACUAAGGAACCAGGAUCAAGUGUUGGCACAUGCACAUAGAAGAUGAGACUGUUGAUUUUUUGAGACUGUUGUACAUGAAUUCAGGUUAAAGAUAUAGACUGGCUGUUUGAAGAGUGCUGCAGAAGCAUUAUUGAGAGCAUUCGUCUCACUGUCAAACAGUGUGUCUUGAUUAUGUUGUCCAGGAAUAUGUUCAGAAUUCCUCCAUUUUGGAAUUCCAUUGGAACUUGUGCCAUGUCCUCUAUCAUGUUGUUUCUUUAUGUAGUUAUCACUACUUGAAUUCCUGAGGGUGAGUUAACAUUUUCAGACCAUCACAUCCUGAAAUGUAUUAUAAAUUUGACACAAAAAAAGAAAGAAAAAAACACACUUCCCUAUCUUUUAUGUUCUAAUUUUAAUUACGUAUCCUCCUAGUUGUAGUGUUAAAUGAAUGGUGGAAGGUUUCAAAAACCUAAUGACCAAAUGGAUCACUCGCUAGUGCAGCAUAUACUGCACUGUAUUAGCUGCAAAGGUUGGUUCAGAUUCCUCUACACACUCUUGUCUCCACUGCCCUAUACUGUGUCUGGCCUCCUAUGUCACAUGAUGCACUCACUGCACAUUGGUGUGGGAGCUCAACAGUACCUCUGCUGCUCUGGUAAGCAAAGUCCCAUAUGGUGUCACCUAUGGCAACUAGGGUCACCCACUGCACUGAAGUGGCUGACUUUGUCAUAACAAUCCAGGCCUGUGAACGUGAGACGUGACCUGCGUCCUCUCUUGUCUGAAAAUCACUGUAGAAGGGGGGGAUCCUUGGGAAAGACAGGACUGCCUCUGAGCUCUGGAAGGCUGACGUGUGUUGACAUCUGUGUCCCUUCACCGUUGUGUGGUAGUGAAAUCUCCUGGUUGUCAGUGUUUUUGUUAUGGCCUCGCCAUCUCUGUUCUCAGGUCUGCCCGUGCCUCCUGCCCUCUUUAGUCUGACUCAGUCAGCCAUUUUAGUUUGUUUUUGCUUUCUUUUAAGAGGAAGGGCAACUCUCGAGUCCCAGUGAAGCAUAGUCCUUUUCUUUCUUCCUUUUCUUUUUUUUUUUAAACUGGCAGAGAAACCGCUUGGUUAUUUGUAUGUGUGUGGAGGGGUGGGUUCCCUGGAGACUUAUGGUCGGGUUCCCCGCUGGCCCCUUGUGUAAGCCUUAAAUAUUUAGAGUGUGGUGUAGAAGUUUAAAUUAAUUAAUGAUGUUAGCAAGUUAUACUAAAAUGAAUUUUAUGUAACAGUAAUG